AUGCCUAAUCCUAGAAAAUCUCGCUUAGGUCGUACGUUCAGAAAACGGCUGAAUCAGCAAUUACAUAACAGACUCGAUAGAGGCAAAGUAAUUAAAGAUAUAGAAUGGAUAAUGUUCCGUGAUUGGUUAAAACAAAAAGGAUUUCCAAAAACAAAAUUAACUUUGGCUAAAUUCGAUGGUAUUGGAAGAGGCAUGAUGGCGACAAAGGAUAUUGUCGCUGGAGAAAUACUAAUAUCUGUUCCCUUAAGAUUAAUCAUUACACCUAAAUUCUCAUCUAAUACGUUGUUAAGUGAUCACAUUUCAUGUAAUAUAACAGAUCCAAAGCUUAAUGCACAUCAAUCCCUAGCACUUUACCUAAUUUUAGAACGACAUAAAAAUACUAAAAGCUCCAUUUACCCUUAUAUUCAAAUGUUACCAAAGAGUUUUGAUACAAUUCCAAUAUGUUUCGAUUUGGAAUUGUUAGAAUUAUUACCUAACAACUUGAAAGAGGAUGUCAAAUCUCAAAAAUUAAAGUUUCAAGAAGAUUUUAGAUCUGUUUGUAAAUUUUUAAAGAACCAAUUAAACUCUAAUAUCAAUAUUACAUAUAAUGAAUUUUUAUGGGGUUGGCUUUGUGCUCCAAUGUUAGAUUUUUUAAAUCAUAAUUUUAAUGCAAAGACCAAAGGUGAAUUUAAUAAAUUGACCCAAUGUUAUGAGAUUAUAACUUUCACAUCAUGGAAAAAGGGACAACAAGUAUUUAUAAACUAUGGUCCGCAUGAUAAUUUUAAAUUGUUACUUGACUACGGAUUCACUAUCCCAAAUAAUCCCUUUAAUUACAUUUUACUUGAUGAUGAAUUUUUUAAAUUUAAUAUUCAUGAGGAUGAAUAUGUUACAUCUAAAAAAUUAAGUUUAUUGAUGGCAAGUGGAUUUUAUGGGUAUGUAAUUAAUUUUGGUUCAAGUCUAUCCUAUCAAUAA